CCACCUGCGAAAAUUCUUGAGUCCCAUCCGUAAUCGUCGUUCCCUCUCCCUCUCUCUCCCUGUUCCUUUUUGUUUACUCCAUUGAAUUUCUUCUUCUGGACGUCACUCUACUCUCUCUCUCUCUCUCUGGUUCUUCUUCGCUACUUUGGACGAGUGCCUGAGCAGUGCAUUUUCCCUUUUAUUGUGCAUGGCCCCAUUGUUCUGGGACCAGAAAAUGUCGGCAUAACUCUUCCUCCCUCUCGGCUUCCCUCUCUCUCUGGGUAUUCGUAGUGGUAUUACUCUUGUCUCGGAAAUGGGAUCCCAAUGGCUUGCCAGGACCUCUUCGUCUUCAUCUGUUCGACCUCCUCUUCAUGAUUUCGUGAUGCCAAUCUGCAUUUUCAGGCCUUCCCGCAGUCCCUUUAGGGGCUAGGGCUUGCCCUUUUCUUCUAGUUGGGUUAGGGUUUUUUCAGUGAGAGAGAGAGAGAGAGAGAGCAAUGUCGGGGCCUCCUAAGAUCAGGUCUAUGAACAUCACCGCGGAGUCGGAUGUGCGUUCGGUUCUCGGGCCCGCCGGAAACAAGGCAAGAUUGCCCGCCGCGCGGAAGCCCGCUUCAAAGCUAGUGAGGGAAGGGGAGAAACCAGAGGAUUCCCUUCUUUCUGCUGAUAAGCCUACGGCUGGUGAGGCCGUUGCCGCCGUAACGCCUCCGCCCGACGCGGCUACUACCACUCCCUCGCCUUCUUUUCCAGCCAAGAAGCAGCCGCAGCAGGCAACGGCUUCCUCAGGCCGAGCUAGUAACGUUCUGCGGAGGCAUGAGUUCUUGCUGCAUUCGAACCUCUCUCUGAAUGCUUCUUGCUCUUCGGAAGCUUCUACUGAUUCGGUGUGUAGUCGCGCCUCUACUGGGAGGAUCAUUAGCAGGGUAAGCACGGGCAUUGCGAGUCGGAGGAAGCUGGGUAGCCGGCCAAAGACUGGUAGACCCCUAACCGAUAGCGCAGAAACGUCGGGCUCUUCUUCCCCUCCUCCCUCUGUACCGUUCACGAAGAGGUGUGCAUGGGUCACUGCAAACACUGAUCCAAAGUAUGUUGCCUUUCAUGAUGAAGAAUGGGGAGUGCCAGUCCAUGAUGACAAGAAAUUGUUCGAAUUGCUGUGUCUCUCAGGUGCAUUGGCUGAACUGACAUGGCCAUCUAUCCUUAGUAAAAGGCACUUAUUUCGGGAAGUAUUUGCUGAUUUUGACCCUCCAUUGGUUGCCAAACUGAACGAGAAAAGGAUUUCCGCACCAGGGACUAGUGGCAGCUCCCUGCUAUCAGAACUAAGGCUCCAUUCCAUCAUUGAAAAUGCAAGGCAGAUAACCAAGAUUGUGGAGGAAUUUGGGUCGUUUGACAGUUACUGCUGGAGUUUUGUGAAUCAGAAGCCAAUUGUGAAUAGGUUCCGUUACCCCCGGCAGGUGCCUGUGAAAACUUCCAAAGCCGAACUUAUAAGCAAGGAUAUGGUGAAGAGGGGUUUCCGGAGUGUCGGACCAACAGUUGUAUAUACGUUCAUGCAGGUGACUGGCAUGACAAAUGACCAUCUCAUUAGCUGCUACCGAUUUGAUGAGUGUCUUGCUGCAGAAGGAGCGACAGAGAGCAGGAAAACUGAGACUCCCGACGGUGAGAAGAUGUUGGAGGUUGGGAAACUGGACCUGUCAAAGUCCAUGGCAGAGUUGAGCAUGAGCUCUUUGACAAUGAAAACCGACUCAUCUGAUUUAGUUGGGGUCAUGUUGGCUUGAUGUAUCAGAUGAAGCCCGUUCUGCAUGUAAAUCUCUGUUCACCAAAGCGUUGUACCACUGUAAGCGCCUGCAGCUUUUGUCCAGUGUUUUGAUGUUUGUAUUUUCCUUCUGUAUAAAAGAUACAAAUUUAUGUGAAUUCUGUUUCUGUGGGAAGUUCAUGGCGAAAGAAAUUUAGUUCCUUUUUC